AUGCGCACAACUCUUCUAUUAUUAACUUUGCUACUGAUACUCUCCUGUAUCUGUACAUGUGCAGCAGCAGAGAGGAUGCCACUGCCGGUGCCACGUGUGGGUGGAUACGCUACAGAGGCUAGGGGAGCGGGACCACGGGGUGAAGAUCAAAAAGGAAAACAACCUGCGGCUCAACCUACAGAUCCACACUAUUUGGGUAAAGGUGAAUACACUACCACCACACCAUCCCUCAGUAUGAGUGAGUCCAUGAGUGCCUCUGCCACUCUUCCUCUCACUGACACCACUACUGUUGCCCCACCAGCAGGAGAUCAACAGACUACAGGAACAACAGAGGGACAGGCCGCCACUACUGAGGAGUCGAGUACGACGAGCACCGCCGCACCGAAGAAGAAGAAGAAGGACGGCGGCCGCGGCCCUGAGUGGCUGCACGGCCCGCUGGUGCUGCUCGCCGCCCUCACCGCCGCAGCGCUGUGCUGA